AUGAUUUUCAUGGUAGCCAGAAAUAACAUAAGUGGUAGCAUACUACCAGAGAUUGUAAAUGUCAAAGGGCUUCUUGGACUUGAUCUUUCAUCGAAUAAUUUGAUUGGGCAGAUUCCUAAGGAAAUUGCAGAUUUAACCUCUCUAGUUAAGCUUUUUGUGCAAAACAACAACAUUUCUGGCAAUAUACCUGGGGAACUUGGGUCACUGACUAAAUUAGAAUCCCUUAAUCUAUCAGGCAAUAGAUUAAAUGGGUCGAUCCCAAUUUUUGUAAGAGAUUACGUGCACUUGUUUCCGUUGAACCUGAGCAACAACAAAUAUGUGCAAAAAAUUCCAAUGGAGAUAGAGAGGAUAACUCAGCUUAAUGCACUUGAUUUGAGCCAUAAUCAUCUUGUUAGAGAAAUACCCCCUUAUCUAGCCAAUUUGAAGAGCUUGGUAAGUUUAAAUCUUUCCUACAAUGGCCUCUCUAUUUGCAUUCCUGAAGAACUUGAAAGUUUGACUGGUUUGGAGGAUGUCGUGUUGUCAUACAAUGAGUUGGAAGGUCCAAUCCCUAAUAAUAAAGCUUUUAUCAAUGCCUCAUUGGAGGGAAAUAAAGGUCUUUGCGGCAAUGUAACAGGACUCCAGCCUUGCGAAAGGCCAUCUUCUUUGGUGAAGAAGCAAUCAGCGGCGAAGAGAUGUAAACUCAUCCUCAUCAUUAUACUUCCUGUUAUGGGAGCACUAGUACUACUCUGUGCUUUCAUUGGUGUUCUCUUUAUGUGUGAUAAAAGAAGAAAAGUUAGAGACGUUGAAAGACGUGAUGAUGGUUGGAUUUCGAUAUCCAUGUUAGAUGGAAAGGCAUUAUACAGAGAUAUCUUAAACGCCACAAAGGAGUUUGAUGCAACAUUUUGCAUCGGGCAAGGAGGGCAUGGAAACGUUUACAAGGUAAACCUUCCAUCAUUAGGGAAUAUAGUUGUGAAGAGACUUCAUUCUUCAUUUGAGAAUACACAUCCCAAAAUCUUUAUGAAUGAAGUAAGGGCAUUGAUUGGAAUUAAGCACCGGAACAUCGUGAACCUCUACGGCUAUUAUUCGAAUGCAAAAAACUUAUUGUUGGUUUACGAGUAUGUGGAGAGGGGGAGUUUGUCUCAUAUCUUGAGCAAUGAAGUUGAGUCCAAGAAAUUGGAUUGGCUUAAAAGGGUGAAUAUCAUCAAGGGUGUUGCUUUUGCUUUAUCUUACAUGCACCAGGAUUUCUCACCACCCAUUCUUCAUCGUGACUUAUCAAGCAGUAAUGUUUUGCUUGAUUCCGAGUAUGAAGCUCGUGCUUCAGAUUUUGGCAUAGCUAAGCUUCUCAAGCCAGACUCAUCUAAUUGCACUUCUCUUGCUGGCACAUAUGGAUAUGUUGCACCUGAGCUUGCAUAUACAAUGAAGGCUAACCAAAUGUGUGAUAUCUAUAGCUUUGGAGUAUUAGCAUUGGAGAUAAUCAAAGGAAAUCAUCUUGGGGAAUACAUUACUGUGCUAGCAAAUUCGUCGAUUAGAGAUUAUGUGCAGCUUAGCGAUUUGCUAGACGAACGCCUUCCAUAUCCUGAAGAUAGAGUAAAAGAGGUUUUGGUUUUUAUUAUCAAGCUAGCAAGUUCUUGUUUGCUUGAAACUCCAAAAUCAAGGCCAACAGGUUAUCAUCAAUGA